AGGAUCCGAUGUGAACACAAUACCCCAACCCUAACCCUAAUUUCCUGCUAGACACUGCGCGCCGAGGUUACGCCGACUUAAUACUUACUCUGGACUACUAUAGCGCUAGAUAAUGGCCACUAACAAUAUUAACACGACCGCAGGACCAUCCACAGCAGCAGCAACCGUACACAACGUCCACCCCUUACCGAUCCCAAGGGAUGGCGUCCCUCUCAUGCACCCAGCUCGCACGCCCCCUGUACUACCAUGGCCGGAUAUCGGACACCUUGCCAAGUGGUCAGUUUCUUCAUACAAAUUUGGGUUUGGUGCAGAGUGUCUUAGAGACGGGGAUCCUGAUACGUUCUGGCAUUCCGAUGGCCCACAGCCUCACUUUAUCACGGUGGAGUUCCCUCGCAAGGUGGCAAUUCAGAAAAUUAGUAUCUUCCUCAGUUGGCCACAGGAUGACUCAUACACCCCAUCGACUCUCGCUAUCCGUGCAGGAACUGGUCCAAGUGACCUUCAAGAUGUGCGGGUCGCUACACUAGAAAAACCAGACGGCUGGAUAACAUUUGACGUUUCCUCAGAACCUGACGAAGACGGAACCUCAUUCAAACCUGUACACGCGUACGUGCUACAAGUUAUCGUGGUACAAAACCACAUGAGUGGAAAAGAUACCCAUAUACGAGGGCUGCGUGUCCUUGGUCCUCAGGAAGAAGAUGCUACUGAUGGCGAUCCUUUCCCUUGGAAGUCAUCGGAAUUCAAGAUGUACGAAAGAUUGCGAUGAACAGCACGCAUCCAGACCACCGUGCUCAGUGCUAAGUAGGUUACGAUUAUAAGUAAUGGUAUACCUGUGCACGAGAUUUCGAUAACCAGAAGAAAGAAUGGACUGAAACGCGCAAGAACGACACCCACCACAUCAAAUAAAAGAUAUGACACUGGAAAAUGAUCUUACGCGGGUAGAUUCCAAGCAACAAGAGUUCGAAGGCGUGACUCGGAAGAGUGACGGUGAAUGUCUGGGGCCAGAGUCUGGCGAACUCUGGGGUAACGAUGUAUUGAUGUACUAGUGAACAUACAAAUAGAAAGAGCUCCAUUCCUGCC